CCCCAGGCCAAACCUGUACUUCCCCUUCAUGUUCAUGUCCGCCUGGGUGCUGGGCAACUACGACUUCUCACUGGUGUGGAUUGUCUUCCUUGCCGUGGGCCUAUUGGCCAUACAACUGAUCGCUGUGAAGAGGAAAGUGCAGAAGCGUGUCAUCAACCACGCCAACACCUUCUACGACAACCCCAAUCCCGAGAAGGAGUCCAUGUACUGGGUUAAUAACCUGAUCAAAACCAUCUGGAUCAAUUUCCCCAAGACCAUGGAAGAACAGAUCAUCCUGAAUGCCAAUGCGGCAAUAGAACCGAAUAAGCCAGCCUUUCUGGAGGAACUCUGCGUCGAGGCUUGCUCAGUGGGCUCAUACUACCCACAGCUCAGCAACUUCCGUGUGUGGAACGAAUCCAUGGAGGCACUGAAGUUCGACUGUGAGAUGUCGUACGAAUCAGACUUUAAGCUUGAGUUGAAGAUCAAAAAGGGCAUCUCCAUCCCCAUCAAGCUCAAGAACGUCACUUUCAAAUCGGCGCUGCGGCUGUUCCUGCGCUUCCUGCCCAACGACCAACGCUAUGUGUGCUACGCCUGGGUGUCUCUCUUAGAGCCGCUGGAGAUUGACAUGAGUAUCCAGAUCUUUGGCAUUGACGUGACCGAGUUUCCGUUCAUCAUGUGGAUUGUGCGCCGCCUUAUCCGUGAUUUGUCGAAUGAGAUCAUGCUGGUACCUAACCGUGUGGGACUCGAUCUCGCUGCCAUGCAAGCCUUCACACCCACCAUCAGUCAGCUCAAGCCACAACCACGCCCGGAAGACUACAACACGAACAUGUUCUCGUCCUACGCAAAUAUGAGUAAUGCUGGCCUCAGUGCUGUCAAGGGUGUUGGCCAUAUAGGAGGCAGUGCCGUUAAGGGCGUUGGUAAUGUAGGUGUUGGCGCCGUCAAGGGCGUUGGUAAUGUAGGUGUUGGCGCCGUCAAAGGUCUGGGUCACGUAGGCAAGGGAGCUGCAGGUAUGGCAGGCAGCAUGUCCUCGAGUAUGAUCGGAAUAAACAAGAAAAAGAAGGAAAAACUGUCCGACAAUGAACUACUCGUGGAAGAAGAAGAGCACCCCGCCGAUAACAAGGUCCCCUCCAGCCUGCAAGAAUUACCAACCGAAUCCUCAUCUCUCUCACCGGAUCGGCCCAAGAAGCAGAAAAGGUCAAUGUCGUUCACUCAGAAGAUCUUCGGACAUAAGCACAAGGACAAGAAGAAUGACGACAUCGACGAAUAGACGACAGCUGUUAACCACACGUGGUGACUGAUACACGCUGCUACUUAUAGUGCGAUGGGGCUCUUAUGUUGAGAGAACUCGGGCUUGCACGCAAAUGGUGGUCAUGCGGAGCCUGUUCUUUGUUUGAUUGGUUGGCGGGGGGGGGUCAUAGCUACCCAUCAGGGAUACUCGAGUGAUUAACGCAUAUGUAUUAGUUAACGUAUAUGUACAAAACAUGUGCUGAAGUGUGUUGCUAAUCCUCCGGCUUGUAGCCGAGGUUCGCCUACGCAAAUGUAUAUCGUUGCCACAGGGCGGUAUGGUAUCGUACUUUUCUGCGCGUUUGUAUGCAUCGUAUGUAUGCUCACCGGAUAGUCUCGCUAAACAAUUUGUACAGAAUUCUGCCAAAAGUAUUAAAAACAGAUCACUAGA